UGCAAAUUAGUAUAUUAGAAAUCUCUGAAAAUGAAUGCAAUCAAAUGAUUGUAACCAAUAUUUGUAUUCUAGCCUUGCAGCAAUGUGGUGAGGAUCCCUGAGUGGUCACCAUGAAAGCAGGAAAUUCAAAGUGUGCUUUCUCCCUGGGCUUCCUGGUGGGCAGCUGUACGUUGUACGUGUUUUUGAGACAGGUAUGGUUUGAGGAGAGCUUCAGCUGGCAGCAUGAUGGCAAAAGUAACCUUUCUCCACUGGAGCCAGAGCAAAACACCCCCAACCUUACCUGGAGAGUGGAAGGAUCUGCCCUGAUCAACCUCAAGCAUCCUCACCAGCCAGGAGAGGACAGUCACAUUGCAGACGAGCUGUUUAAGAAAGUGCGUAUCCUGUGCUGGGUGAUGACAGGGCCGAGUAAUCUACAGUCAAAGGCUCGGCAUGUGAAGGCCACUUGGAGUCGUCACUGUAACGUAGUUCUGUUCAUGAGCUCUGAAGAAGAUCGCAGCUUCCCCACAGUGGGCCUGGGCACAGGAGAAGGCCGUGACCAGCUGUACUGGAAGACCAUUCGUGCCUUCCACUACGCUCUGAAGAACCACGUCGAUGAGGCAGACUGGUUCCUCAAAGCAGACGAUGACACGUUCGUCGUUGUGGACAACUUGCGCUGGAUCCUGUCAAACUACACGGCAGAGCAGCCCAUAUACUUUGGCAAGAGGUUCAAGCCGUACGCUAAGCAGGGCUACAUGAGCGGUGGUGCAGGUUAUGUUCUCAGCAAAGAGGCCUUAAAAAGGUUUGUGGAGGGUUUUAACACUAAAGUGUGCACUCAUACAACCCCAGUGGAGGAUCUAGCGAUGGGUCAGUGCCUGGAGAAAAUGGGGGUGGUAGCAGGAGACUCCAGGGACACGCUGCACCGGGAAACCUUCCAUCCUUUCAUUCCUGAACACCAUCUUACUGGAAAGUUCUCCAAGACCUUCUGGUACUGGAAUUACUGCUUCUACCCAAUUGUAGAAGGCCCACAGUGCUGCUCUGACCUAGCAGUGUCUUUCCACUACGUAGACCCUGUGCUAAUGUACACGCUUGAGUACUACACUUACCGUCUGAGGCCCUAUGGCUACCAACACCGCUACCAGCCUCCAGUGCCUGCUCUACUACCGUUGGCUUCCCACACUGUGAAACCCACCACAGAAGCUCAGAGAUUUGAACAUUUUAAAGAAAAGUCAGUUUCAACUUAUACCAUGAAUCCCAAAACUGAGAACACAAAGACUACUGAAACAACAAGUCACAAAGUCACAAAUGCUUCCCAGGGGAAAAACAUAACGGACAGAAGCACAGCAUGAUGGUGAAUAUGAUAAUACUGCAGAAAAUAUUGCAUUAUGUAAAUUUAAAAUUAAAUCACUGACUAAUGUGAAUGUGAUGAGCAUUUUAGAUCAUCCAGUGUCCUGUGCAGAUGGAGUGGUGUUAUGUAGUGGUUACAGAUCUGGGCUAAUAACCAAAUCUGUAGGUUCAAACCUCAACAAAGAACACAUUUUUGCCAUUAUUACUCUUAGUAAC